AGAAAGAUGUGGAUCAAUCUGCAUAUAUGUAUAUACCUGACCUUUAACUUUAUCUCUGCAGCUUCAGUCACCAGCACAGGCAUCUGUAAGCUUCAGGGACGCUUCAAGUUGAAUGGGAUGUAUCAGGAUGGAGACCUUAUCAUUGGAGGCCUGUUUGCAUUUCAUCUCAUCACAGUGUUCCCAGAACUGAGCUUCAUUAAAGAACCGGAACAACCGCAUUGCCAGCGAUUCUAUGUUUCAAGCUUCCAGCAGGCACAGGCUAUGGCUUUUGCCAUAAAUGAGAUCAAUGAAAGACCUAACCUGUUGCCUAACAUUACCCUUGGUUAUCAUCUGUAUGACAACUGUGUGAAGCUAGGCGUGGCAUUCAGGGCUGCCACAUCCUUGCUUAGUGGUACAGAGGAGACCCUCCACGAUUUCAACUGCACCGGUCCACCACCAAUGAUUGGAAUUGUAGGUGAUCCAGGAUCCACUCAUUGUAUUGCAAUCUCCAGUGUGCUGGGGUUGUUUCGAAUACCUAUGGUUAGCUACUAUGCCACCUGCUCCUGUUUAAGUGACAGGAAGAAAUAUCCCUCCUUCUUCAGAACUAUCCCCAGUGAUGCCUUUCAGGUUCGAGCUAUGGUUCAGAUAUUGAGACAUUUUGGAUGGACCUGGGUUGGCGUUAUAUAUAGUGAUGAUGAUUAUGGCAUCUACGCUGCUCAGUCUUUUCAAAAAGAAAUUCAGCUGUUUGGAGGUUGUGUGGCUUUUACAGAAAUCCUGCCUCUUGAUAACAAUCACAGAGAUAUUCAGCGCAUAGUAAAAGUGAUUCAGACCUCUACAGCUAAAGUUGUGGUUGUUUUUUCCACUGAAGCCUAUCUGUUACCUUUAAUGGAUGAGGUGGCGUUGCAAAAUGUGACAGGGAAGCAGUGGAUUGCAAGUGAAGCUUGGGCCACCUCUCCUGUAUUUCACACUCAGCGUCUUCUGCCAUUUCUGGGUGGUACAUUGGGUAUUGCCAUUCGCCGUGGAGAAAUCCAGGGACUUCAAAACUUUCUGCUACACAUUCGUCCUGACAACGAUCCAAAAAACAAUAUGGUAAACAUUUUCUGGGAGAACAUGUUUGGGUGCAGGUUUGAGAAAGGAAACAGUGAGGGAGAAAACAUCUGUACAGGGCAAGAGAAUCUGAGCAGCACAAACACAAUAUACACUGAUGUAUCAGAACUGAGGGCAGCCUAUAAUGUGUACAAAGCAGUUUAUGCCCUGGCACAUGCACUUCAUGACCUGAUGCAGUGUGAGGAGGGGAGAGGACCAUUCAGUGACAACACCUGUGCUGACAUAACAAACCUGCAGCCCUGGCAGGUGGUCUAUUACUUACAGAAGGUGAACUUCACCACAGGUUUUGGGGAUCAUGUGUCAUUUGAUAAGAAUGGAGAUGCUCUGGCCAUCUAUGAUGUGAUGAACUGGCAGCCGAGCUCUGAUGGGUCAAUCAUUGUCCGUACAGUCGGUGUGGUGGAUGAAGGGGCGGCAACAGGGAAGGUGCUCACAAUGGAUGAAGAUGCAUUAUACUGGAACUUUGAGACAAGAAAACCCCUACGGUCUGUGUGCAGUGAGAGCUGCCCACCAGGCACCAGACGAGCCAGGAGAAAAGGACUUCCUGUCUGCUGUUUUGACUGCCUGCCAUGUGCAGAUGGAGAGAUUUCUAAUACAACAGAUGCAAAUGAAUGCACAUUGUGUCCAGAUGAAUUCUGGUCGAAUUCAAACAAGAAUCGGUGUAUUCCUAAAGAAGUGGAGUAUUUAUCCUUUGAAGAGCCUCUGGGAAUCUCCCUGACCACUGCUUCUCUGCUCGGCACCUGCUUAUGUUCUGUGGUUGUUGUAAUAUUUGCUCAUCACCGCAACACUCCAGUUGUUCGAGCCAAUAAUUCAGAGCUCAGCUUCCUGCUGCUGCUGUCACUCAAACUGUGUUUCCUGUGUGUGCUGCUGUUUAUUGGCCGACCACAGUUGUGGACGUGUCAGUUAAGACAUGCUGUGUUUGGCAUUAGCUUUGUUUUGUGCGUCUCCAGCAUUCUGGUCAAGACUAUGGUGGUAAUAGCCGUGUUUAAGUCAUCUCGACCAGAGGGUAAAGGUGCUAUGAAAUGGUUCGGAGCAGCCCAUCAAAGAGGCACAGUCUUGACCUUAACUGCCCUUCAGGUGGUGAUAUGUGCGGUCUGGCUUACAACUGCUUCUCCUACACCUCAUAAAAGCAGCCUGCAUAUGAGCUCUAAAAUAGUGUAUGAAUGUACUAUAGGCUCAUUGGUUGGAUUUUCAAUACUACUUGGCUAUAUUGGCUUUUUGGCAGCAGUGAGCUUUUUGCUGGCCUUUCUAGCAAGAAAUCUUCCAGAUAGUUUUAAUGAAGCAAAGUUCAUUACCUUUAGUAUGUUGAUCUUUUGUGCUGUGUGGAUUGCGUUUGUUCCAGCUUAUGUCAGCUCACCAGGGAAAUAUGCAGUGGCUGUGGAGAUUUUUGCCAUUUUGGCUUCCAGUUUUGGAUUACUGGUGUCCAUAUUUGCCCCGAAAUGCUACAUCAUCCUCUUACAUCCAGAAAGAAACACUAAAAAAGCAAUUAUGGGAAGAGUUAACUAA